AUGAAUGACAAUGUUCCGAGGGGUGUGUCCAAUUCCGGUGCGGUGUUGAGCGGUGCUGGUGGUAGUGGCGGCAUUGGCGGUGGGUCGUCGCCGGCUGGGAAUAGUCGGCGGCCGGCCUCUGCCGUGACUGCAGCGGCUGCAGCCGCAGCGGAGCGCGCGUUGCUGGCCGAUGCGGUGGCCGCGGCGAACCCCGAGACGCGCUCGCCGUUUGCUAGCCUCGGCGACGCCUGCGACAGGCUCCUCCCCUUCCACGUGUUCGCGGAUUACGAUCCUGCGCUCGUCAACCUUCACUCCUCAACCGACCUCGCGCCUUCCGCAUCUAGCGCGUCUACAGGCUGUUACGCCCUCCUCCCCGCGUCCCACCCGCCUCCCCGCAACCCUCCCCGUUCUGCAGCAGCCGCGCCCGCUGCGCCCCCCGCCCUCCCCGCAGCCGGUGGUUUAGGGGGAGCGCGCGGAGGGGGGGAGGCGGGGGCGGGGGCUGGCGCACAUGCCAGUGGUGUGGGGAGCGGGUGGGGGGGAGGAGGCGGAAAGGGAGACGGGGGAAAGGUGGGAAUGGUUGGUGAUUUGAGUGGCACGAGUGAAAAGGUUCGAGGAAAGGAUGGUUUAGCGAACGAGGGAGGGGAUGGGGAGUAUGAGACCAAGGCUCGCGCUCUGCUGGAGAAGCAACGGCAGCAGCAGGUGGUGGCGGCAGCACGGGAGGCAGAAGCUGUGGAGGGACGGAAGUUUGAUGAGAAGGGGGAGAAGGAGGUUGAAGAGACGGACGAGGAAGGUGGGGAAGAAGGGGUGAAGGAGGAGGACGACGAGGAGGAAAGUGAGGAGGAAAGCGAGGAGGAGGACGAAGGGAAAGAAGAUGAGUGGAAUGAAAAAGACAUGGAGGAGGAGGAAGAGGACGAUGAUGAGGAUGAGGAGGAGGAGGAGGAGGAGGAGGAGGAGGAGGAGGAGGAGGAGGAGGAGGAGGAGGAGGAGGAGGAGGAGGAGGAGGAGGAGGAGGAAGAGGAAGUGGAUGAGGAGGAGGAAGAGGAAGACGAGGGGGAAGAGGAAAAGGUGAAAGGUGGGAAGGAGGAGGAAGAGGAGGAGGAAGAGGAGGUUGAGGGUGGAGAAGAGGAGGUGGAGGAACAAGAGGAGGAAGAGGAAGAGGAAGACGAGGGGGACGAGGAGGAGGACGAAGAGGAGGAAGAAGAGGAGAAGAGGGGUGCAGGGGAAGGCGAAGAGCAGGAGGAGUAUGAAGUGUCAGAGGCAGGGGAGCAGGAGGGAGGUAGGGGCACGGGUGAGCAUGAAGCCUAUGGCUUGGAUGGGGAUGGUGGCAUGCGGAGUGAUGGCAUGGGUGAUGGUAGUGGGGGUGGUGAUGUGGAGGGUGAUGAUGGGGAUGAUGGUGAUAUAGAUGCUGAAAUGCUCUUAGCUUUCGCAGGAGGUGAGGGAGAACGAGAUGGUUGGUGGGACAAGGAGGGUGGUGGUGCUGCUGGUGCUGGUGGUGGUGAUGGCGGUGCUGCUGUUGCGGAAGGGGAACAAGGACUUGUGGACGGGGGAGGAGAGGAGACGGAGGAGGAAGGGAAAGCUGGGGAUGAGGAAGGGGAGGAUGGGGAGGAAGGAGGGGAUGGAGGUGACCGGCAAGAGGAGGCAGAGGGAAGCGAUGAUGAUGAUGAUGCCGAUGAUGAUGAUGAAGAUGAUGAGGAUGGGGAUGGGGAUAAUGAUGAGGAGGAGGACGAUGAGGGUGAGAGUGAUGAAGGUGACGAUGGUGUUGGUGUUGGUGUUGGUGUUGGUGAUGGUGAUGGUGAUGGUGAUGGUGAUGGUGAUGGUGAUGGCACUGGUGAUGGUGGUGGCAGCAAUGCUGGUGGGGAGUUUGGCAGUGGUGAUUGGCAUAUUCAGGCAUCUUGGCAAGACCAGGCGUCGUGGCAAGACCAGGCACAGUGGCAGGAGCCGGGGCAGGGCCAGGGGCAGGAACAAGCUGGGGAUGGAGGGGAUGUUGGGGCGAUGGAUAGAGGGGGGGAGGAGAAGAGUGAGGGGGACGGGGGCACGCAAGGUGAGGGGAGUUACGAAGAAGAGAGUGAAGAGGGAGACAGUAGCAGCGGUGGGACUUCGGAUGAUGAUGGGGAUGGGGAUGGGGAUGAGAAAAGGGACUAUGAUAAUGACAGCGAGGGUGGUGGUGGUGGUUGGAGGGGGUAA